ACCAUAGAGAUGUUCAAGCAGUCAUGCUGAAGAUGCUGUUUCUAUCUCUCAUUUUUCUUACAAACUAAUAUAAAAAAAUCCAUGGAUUUUAGAGCUCAAGAUAGCGAAAUGAGGACUCUCUCUCUCUCUCCUCAAAUCCCUGUCUUUUCAACCUCUCUAAAAAAUCCACGGAUAAUCUGAGGUACCCGCCGCCGCCGGCUUCGAUGGUCCCCAGUCAUCACAUGAGCGGGAAUCUACACACGGAGAGAGCUACUCGGAGCAGGUGGUCAGAAACCCCACUCGUCAUCAUUUGACGACGAUGAUGGUGUUACUCCUAAUAGAAGCACAGCUCAAGGGAAGCAUCUAGUCGUCCACGGCUACCACCAUCAUUUUCCGGCCCGCGCCAGUCAUCGUCAGAUGAUCGGCAGCUUGUCGAAAUCAUCCCCGUCGUCAUCUACUCGGUUGAAAGGCUUGGCGGAGAUCAAAGAGCCACUCCAAAGAUGGUUUUACAGACCAUGAAUGUGAAGGGCCUUAACAUAUCACACGUUAAAAACCAUCUUCAGAUGUACACAAGUAUGAAGCAUGAGCAAGGCAUACAAGCUGCUUUGGCAGCAAAGAAGAAUGAAUCUGAGAUGAGACAAUGGAAGCGGGAAGGAGAAUAUCGGCAAGUCCUUGACCGUGCUCCGUCCAGCGAGUGGUGGCGAAGAAGAGGGAUGGCUCCAAUAGGUUCGUAAACAGCGUGAAGAAGCACCAACCCAGAAUUGAUGUCUAAGUCGCACGCUGCCACGUCGGAUCAGUCUUCCCAUCAGGGAUCCAAUACUUACGUGGCUCCCUCCCCGACGCUCUCACAAUCUCUCUCAUUCAAAGAUUCGGUGGAGACUGUGCGGAACGUGUUUGGGAGGUGGAGGAAGUCGGUGGGGGAACCUACGAAGAAGGCGGAGGACCUCGCCGGAAACACGUGGCAGCUCUUAAAAACAAGCCCCAGUUUUGCUGAUGCUGCCAUGGGAAGAAUUGCACUAGGAACAAAGGUUCUAGCAGAAGGUGGUUACGAGAAGAUUUUUCGAUCAACCUUUAAGACAACUCCCGAGGAGCAACUUCAAAAUUCAUUUGCAUGUUACUUGUCCACAUCAGUCCAGUCAUGGGAGUUUUAUAUGUUUCUACUGCAAAGCUUGCGUAUUGCAGUGAUAAUCCCAUUUCGUACAAAGCUGAGAGCCAAGUCUUCUUCUUGGUCUUCCGUAUCUCUGCACAAUCUUCAACUGCAUCAUCAUCACAGCCCUGAGAAUAAUGCAGUAAUGGGUUAUCUUCAACAACCCACUUGGACAAAAGGAAUAACUUUUCGCAUGUGCUAAAUCCGACCCAUGCCAUCCUGUCCGUCCAUCAGCUUGUCAAAAGAAACAGAAACAAAAGCAGUAAAGGUAAAGCAGGUUUCUUUAAACACACAGCUGCAAAGUGGUCCCGCGACCACGAUGAUAAAGGAAUUCAGAUGUCUAAU